AAAAAAAAAAGGAUAAUUUUUCAAAAUUAUCCUUUCCAUAUAUUUUACACUUAGUAUACGUAUUGGUGGUAACCUUUCGCAUGUAGGAAGCGAAAAAAUGACUUAGAACAAAGAAUCAGCAUGUAAUAAAACCCUUUAUAGAGAAAAACAAUCAAUAUUCAUACAUAAUCUCAUUCUAAGUCAAGCCAGAACAUGUGGAGAACGUUAGCAAAGGUCUAGUUGAAUCUGCCGAUUGUUAUAAGAAAAAAGUUUAUUUUCUUUUUCUUUUGUAUCUUAUGUUCUCUUGUACGAAUAUAGACGAUUUAAAGUAUCUUGGUUACUGCAAUUCUGUGUCUCUUUCCUCCCACUAAUGUUCGCUUUCCUAACCCUUGCAAUUCUCGUUUUGGCUUCGUUUCGAAGGGAAUAAGAGAAAUUUCCCAACGGUUUAGUAAAUUAUUUGCAUGUACAUAAAAGGUAACUAAUUUGGUACUUGAGCUGUACAAUUUGUAUGCAUAUAACGUAUUAAUCUGUUGGAGACCUGAAUCGUCCUUUUGACAUUCAUCGAUCUUUUUAAUUCAUAUUACCCCUCUUUUUUUCUUUUCUUUUGGUCGUUCUAGGUUCUGCAUUUUAUGGGAAUUGUGCAUGGCGCUUUGCGUUCAAUCGUUUAGGUCGACGGCAAUUGAUACAGCGAUUUCAAGUCAAUUCUUUUCUUCUGAAACGUCUUUGAUCUUUGUGCAAAACUUAACCAUCAAUGUUUAUCGCAUAACCGAUAACCAUGAUUUAGAUCUUUUUACAACUAUCCCUUUAUGGCAUGCAGUAAGACAUUUGCAGGCCUAUCGACCGCCUGGUCUUAAUCGGGAUUAUUUGUUUGUUGUUUUACAAGAUGAUACAUACUUUACGCUUUACUGGGAUGAAGACUUUCAGAAAGCAAAUAUUGAUCAUCCUCCUCUAUGUUAUCGAAUAUCUUUUCCGUGGAAUCGUUUCACCAAAAGUCAUUGCUUGGUAGACAAGAAAAUGCGUAUGAUUUUUUUAAGUAUAGAUGAUGUCUUUAUGCUAUGUAUAAAUGUCUUAUCUGCUGAAGAGAGGCAAAAAUCUGGUUGUUCCAUUGACGACGGCUUUCCCAUCUCCUUUCCAGUCAAUCCUAUACAAGACAUUUGUCUGUUAAACUUUCCGAAAAUUCCUACUUUAGUUGUUCUGCAUAGUGAAGGCAUUGAUUCGGCUAUAACGGCUUUUCCUAUUGACGUGGAGUCAAAAAAUCUAGAAAAUGGAAUACGUCUCUUUGAUUCUGUUCUACCUUCUAAAAUUAUUCCCUUUGGUAAAAGGGGCUUACUAGUCUUGGAUAAAAGAGCCAUUCAUUGCUUUUAUCGUGGUGGAAUAGUCACCAUAAAAUCACCGUCUAGAGUUUAUGAUCAUUGGAUAUCUCUUGAAGGACAAGACAAUCAUUUCAUUCUUUGCGACGUAAAUGGUAAUUUUUAUGCAAUUUAUUCAAGUGUUUUGGCUGGGAAAUUAUGGAAUUUAAGCUUGGAAAAAUUGAAUAUAUCACCCGUCACAUUCGUCACAAGUUUAGUCUCAAUAAAUGACGACCUUUUAUUUAUUGGAAGUCAAGGGAACUGUUCGAAGCUUAUAUCUAUUCCAAACAUGAGUGAUACCUUUACUUUACCCAACUUGGGGCCCGUCCAUGACAUUAAUAUUUAUCCAGACCACCAGGGUCAAUCGAUGUUCGUAUGUGCUGGAUCUUUUAAAAAUGCAUCAAUAUUACAUUACAAACAUGCUUUAUUUACGAAUUCUCUUGGUUUUUUUGAGUGUUCUGAUAUUAUUCGUGUUAUGGUUCUCUCUUCCCAUGUGGCGGAAAAAUUAUUUAUUAUCUUCGUUGAAGAAACUUUAGUUUUCAAUAUCAAGGAAGAUAUUCAACUGGAGCUUGAUUCUGAACUUUCGAUUAAUGAAAGAACGAUAGCACUGUCAGGAAUCGACGAUCAAUUUAUACAAGUAACUACGAAAUCUUUAUGCAUUUACGACUCUAAAAAAAUAUUAAAAGUAAUACAUUUGGAAAAAAUUACGAAUGCCACUUGUUAUAAAGGUUAUUCUGCAAUAGUUCUGGGUGGAUUAGAGCUUGUCAUAUAUCAGAGGGAUGUUGAAAUGUCUCGAAUCAAGUUUGAUAGUGAGAUUAGCUGCUUAGAAAUGGCUAGCGAGUCGAAAAUUGCUAUUGGGUUUUGGUCUAAAGAGGUUAUUAUUUAUAACUUUAAGGUUAAUAAUGGUUCAGCUAAUGUGUUCAAAUCCGAACUUCCUUCGCUACCUCGAAACGUUAUACUAGAGAAUUUUAAUGCUGAAGUCAGUCUUUUUCUUGUAUCAUAUGGCGAUGGAUUUUUGGUUGCAUAUGUCCUAUCAAGAAAUAAGGUAAUUUUUUCUGAAGUGAAAAAAUUUGGAACUACACCAAUAGUGUUUUCUCGGCUAAAUGUGCAUAAUGGAACCUACAUAAUUUGUAAUAAUGACCAGCCUCAUAUGGUCUACGGAUUCAAUGGAAGUCUUGGCUAUAUGCCACUAAAUAUACCUGUUGCUUUUGAUAUUUGUCAAUUUUCGAAAGACAAAGACCCAACUAGACUUGUUGCUCUCUCGUCAAAAGGAGUCUCCUUUUUAGAAAUGGAUAAGAGGCCUCAUUUAUAUGCGAGUACGAUUCCUUUGAGCCACGUUCCUUUGCGUGCAAUACGAUUCGACCAAAUAUUGCUAACAAUUACUCUCCAUCCUCUCCCGAAUAAUACAGAAGGGAUGGACGAAUGCUAUUCAUUGUCACUACUAGAGUUUUCUAGCGGUAAACAGUUGGAAAGAUAUGAAUUUCCAUUGUACGAUCGAUGUGAAGAAAUACUGAAAAUAGAGGAUGAUACAAUAGUUGUUGCUGUCAACAACCAUCGGGUAGUUGAUUUACUUCCGUCGAAUGGUAAGUUAUUAUUGUAUCGGUUCAUGCCGGAUUUGUCCGCUCUUACUUGUGUAAACUCUAUUCAGCUUUCUGCUGCUGUAAGCUGUCUAUCUUUGUACGAAAAAUGUUUUAUUGCUUCAUUUGGGCAUUUUGUUGGCCUUUUUGAUAUAUUGAAUGGAAAAAUGGAAUUGAAAACUAAAUUUUGUGUUGGCAAUUUGAUAACUCAUAUAACUGUUGACAAAGAACAAAAUAUUCUUAUUGGAGAUGUCGUCGGAUUCAUUACUAUUUUGAGAUUGGAAAAUUACACGUUCGUAAUGUACUCAAGAUGCAAUAUAGGCGAACGUAUACUUACUGCUCUUUGCUAUGAAAGAAAUAAAUACAUUUUUGCAUCAGAUAGCGGAGUAAUGCAUAUUGUUAGAUUGGAAAAUAUUGCGGGAUCCAAAGAGCAAAUGAGACUUGUUGCAGAAACGCAGUACCGGCUUCAUGAUAAGGUAACACGGUUUUGUUUGAAUACAGUUCCUCAAAAUGGUGUUUCUAGUAAGAUGCUGGAGCCUCGUUUAUAUUUUGGUACAGAAAAAGGUGCGAUUGGAAGUAUUUACUCCUUAAAUUCAAAUAUCAAUGAAUUUCACGAACUCGCGAAGAAGAUACGGCAGCUUGAACUCUCGUAUUUGUCGAUAUCGGAUUUAGAAAGCAUCGAAGAAGAGGAACUUAGUGAGAUUCCCUUUGUAAAUGGAGAUAUCAUAAAAAACACAAAAAGUUGGUCCUCAACUCGGAUAUUUCGAUUAUGCCGGCUUUUGGAGCAUAUUGAAAAUCUUAAUUCUCAUGAGAAAGUUCGUUCUCUAUUGGAUGAAGUAGAACUUCUUUCUUAGUUGGCAUAUUAUUUCAAUAAGUUGAUGUUGUUAUAAUUAAAGAUGUCAAGUCUACUCUAUAAAUGAUAAAGGAAAAAGGGUUUCUAUUUGUUAACCCAUAAAAGCGAAACACCAGGUAAUCAUUCUGGAAUAUCAUCAAAAACCUAUCUAGGUAAAGAAACUGGAAGAAUUGAAGUUAAAAGCGCCUGAAUAUCUGUUUUCAUUCUGAAGGUACUAGCAACUGUUAUCGUUAGUAAAUUUUCGAUGAAAGCAUGAAUAUACGUACCAUAGGAAGUCCGUAUUUUAUUGUAAGAUUCAGUUUCUGUUCACUUGAUUGUAGACGAGAUUUACUGAAAGCAUCCACGUAGACCUGAUUUGGGUUUUGUGAGAAAGAGGAAGUGUCUACAAUAAUUGUCUUUCUUGUUUGUCUUCCGCCAUUACACAGAACAAUCAGUACUCCUGUCCUGUAAAACGCAUAAACCCUUUUAUCAAGAUAUAUUUUUUGAGAAAGUUGAACGCAAAAUUUUGGAUUUUUCUUUAUCAAGCUUUGUCGAAGACGGAUAAAUGUUGAAAUACAUUCAAACAAAAAGUUUGAAGUAUCAUAUUUACUCAACCAUAGUCCUUCUCGAUUGUCAGGAUCAUUACCCCCGCUGAAUCUCUGUUCUUGGCCAUAGUAAAUAACGGGUAUACCAUCUGAAAAAAUUGUUGCAGCAAUGGCAUUAAGCGCUAACUAUUUUUGUGUUAAUAAUAUAUUGACGACCUUAGGUUAAUUAAUGACUUACAGCAUUAUCUUGUGUUUGAGAGAAGAACCUAGGCACGUCGUGAUUUUCAAGAAAGUUGCAUAGUAUGGUUGGAUCUCUAAAAUUAUGCCUAAUAUCUAAGACGCCUUUCUGGUAAUACUCAAACAUCGGAAUUCGGGGGUAUGAAAACGCCUCACGCAAUUGAUAAUAGAGUGGGAAAUUAAUCACUGAAGGCAUGUAGUCUUGAUAAACUCCGACAUAUUUCGGAUUGCCAUGGAAGAUUUCGCCUGCUGCGAAGAUAUUUGCUGAUUUAAUGAAUGGAGGGUAGAAUGACUUCUCAACAUGUUUGGCAGUAUCAAUUCUCAUACCAUCGAAUUUGUACGUGUUUACUAAAUCACUGAUCCAUUUUUGGAAAAACUUACGUACGCUGGACUUUUCUGUUUUUAUGUCAGGCAAAUUCACGCAAUCAUCUCCAAGCCAACCAGAAACAACUUCGUCUUGAUUGUUAUAAUCCUGAAUAUACUUCCAGGGGUGGAAAUCAUUGGCCUGAUUAAAUGGAGUAAACUGUGAAUAGUCAACUGCCUCUUUUCCGGGAUGCGCCAUAUGGUUAACGACGAUAUCCACCAUACACAACAUUCCACGCUUAUGAAGAUUAUUAACCAAAUCUUGAAGAUCUUCGGAAGUGCCAAAAUGACUAUUGAGUUUCGUAAAGUCCUGCGUCCAAUAGCCAUGGUAAGGUUCUCCAUAGCCUGUUUGGCCUUCAAUAUUCUUUACGAUUGGACUAAUCCAUACGGCCGUGCAACCAAGUAAUUGAAGAUAGUCGAGUUUUUUUGUGACACCCUUCCAAGUCCCUCCCAAGUAUGUUCUUCCUUGAGAUGGAUGUUCAAAGUCAUCUUCGUCCCUAGCAAAUCUGUCCGUAAGCAACUGAUAUAUGACUUGUUUUCUCCAUGUAUCGUUGUAUUCCUUUUCUUUUACAAAAGUUUUUUUUUGAAAGAAGCAGCAGGACAUGGUUGAUCUCAACGAAGAGUGUUAUGGAAGCCUUUCAAAAGAUUGCAAAUAAUACUGCUCUAUCUUUUCAAAUUGAGGUAUGCCUUAAGGGAGGCAGGCAAGGAAGAGGUACGAAACGCAAAAGCGAUGGCUCUCAGACUCUCUGAAAUCCAAAUUAAUAAAUUGUGGCUCUUUCUCUGUUUUUGUUUCAGCGCAUUAAAUAUACUAUUUCUGUUUACACUUUUGUUUUGUUGUACCACAUCUUCGUUAACAUAAACAAACAUUGGCCUAUAAGCUACUCUGGGUUAACCGAAUCAGACGCACAAAAUGGUUCCCGAUAAUUGAAUAUAGUCAUAUUUAUUCCAAUGAACUAUUCUUCAAGGUUCAAUUAUCAUGUUUCAUAUUUGGGAGCUAAGUGAUUUAACUGCCUAACACAGAUUUUGUUAUGUCCCAACUUGGGAUUCUUAACUCUCUUUUUGAUAAAAAAAAUAAAAAAGUUAAAGUAAAAGAUAAUACUAUUGCGUAGAUCCU